AUGGGCAGGAGGUGGUGCUAUGCCAUCAACCCGCUUGGUUACAAGUGGGACCAUGUUAACCUGACCUAUAAGAUUGUGCAGUUCCCCAGCACGCUGAACAAGGGUGACACAGAGAGAGCCAUUGCUGCUGCCUUCCGCAUGUGGAGUGAAGUCUCGCCCCUCGGCUUCCGGCGCCUGCCCCCUGCCCAGCCGGCUGACAUCACCGUAGGGGUCUGGCUGAAUCACCUGGUCCAGGUGGCAGCUCAUGAGAUUGGCCAUGCCCUGGGCCUGUGGCAUUCGCGGGACGUCCAUGCGCUCAUGCACCCAAACGCUACCUACAGCAGGACGUGGCGCAUCGGCCACGAUGACGUCUGGGCCGUUCAGCGACUGUACGGCUGUGUGGAUGAGAAGCGGCAGUGUGAGCCUUGGGCCCGGCUGGGAUUCUGCAUGCGCCGGCAAGCCUUCAUGAAGAGGCACUGCCCCAAAGUCUGCAACUCCUGCUUCGAGCCCCUUGCUGUCUCCUCCCCCCCCCCCCCCCCCAUUCACACCAAGUACAUCUCCGAAGGCAGAGUCAUAACCUUCUGCUGUGGGCUGAACUCCUCCAGGCCACACCUGCAAGUCAGCUGGUACAAAGAUGGGGAGCUCCUUUCAGAUUCUGUUCCCCGCUUCAAGCUGCUGCCAUGCCAGGAGCUGUGCGUUCGUGCCACUAUGUUCAGCGAAGGGCAGUACACGUGCUUGAUCCGCCACGCCAGUCGGAUCCUCCGGGCCCAUUCUUGGCAGAUAAAGCUCAAGGCCAGGAGUCCUUCCUCUCACAAGCAACCAGGGCUCUGA